CUUCACUCGAGUGCGCGUGUCGCUCGUUGUGCACUAAUACGUCGCGCGGUAAAACUUUUUCGCGCCUCACUAAAGUGCAGUGCAACAAAUUUUGUUUUACUGAUUUUUGUGCGAUCAUGUGUUUGUUUUGUGAACUCAGUGCUGUAAAAAGGAUUUCUUUUAAUUUAUUUUAGGACAGAUGCGCGGCGUAUGCGAGCGCGAUGUCCGCGGUGAUGAGCACGCUGUCCAUGAUCAGCGGCGGCCGGCGCGCGCACCGCAAGCUGGCCAGUUCGCGGAAGUCUGGGCAGCUGUCGGAUGCCGGCGACGACCGCAGGAGCCAGCAGGAGCUCAACAACAAGCAGCGCUCCGCCUCUCUGCAAACCUUGGAGACGGGCGGGGUCGUCGACCUUGACACUCUGGAGGCGAAGAUGGCGAGCAUCGAGGUGUCGCUGGCGGGGUGCGGGCGGCGAGGAGGCGCGCGUGAGCUGGACGCCCUGCGCGCCGCGCUGCUGGAUAAAGACACUCUCAUACAGAACCUUAAAAAGCAACUAAGCGCGUCGCUCAGCGCAGCGCGGCUGGCGGCGCAGGCGCCGUCGCCGGCGGGUCCGCGAGGUACGCGGAUGUCGCGGGGUGGUCGCGAGGAGCCGGCUGCGCUGUCGGCAGAAGAGAGGCGCGCGCUGGAGGACCGCGCCACCGCGCUCAACGCCGACCUGCAGACGCGCCGCGACAACAUACAAGAGCUUAGGAAACGGCUCGAGCACACACAUGUCACUGAGAGCAUCGACUCGCGUAUCGAGCAAGCAGAGCUGCAGUAUCGGCUGGGGCGUGAGGAGCUAGAGCUGCUGUCGCUGGGCGAGCAGGCGCGCGCGCUCGCGCUGCUCAUAGAGCACGCCAGCGCCGCCGCACGCCAAGACAAUACACUAUACAGUGUGGUGGAGGAGUGUGGCGGCCGGGCCUUGCUGGUGUGCGCGGAAGAGGGCGCGGGGAGCGCGAGAUGGGGAGUAGAGGCGCGCGGAGCGGGGCUGGCUGUGCACUGGGCCGAGGAGCACUCGCCACUCAGACCGGGAGAUAGGUUAAUAGAGGUGAACGGCACCUCGAUGGUUAGCUGCAGUAGUGAGGAUGAGCUACAGCGCGCGCUUGCCGCCGCCCGACCCGCGCGCUUAGUGCUGCUGCGCGACCAACGUCCCACACACCCCCCACACAGUUCGCAGCCAACCAACACAUUCACACAUAGCGAAGCGGCGGCACUGCGGUCGGAGCUGGGCGCGCUGCGGGCGGCGGCGGAGCAGGCGGAGCGCGCCAAAGAGGGCCUUCGCGCCGAUAACACACGCCUCACGCACCGCAUCUCCUACCUCGAGGACCAGGUCGCCGAGCUGCUCGCCAGGCACGCGCAGUUACACCCGGUGAGCAGUAGCGACAGCUGCAUCACAGUCAACAAGACGAAGAAAAACGUGACGAACAUCAACAUAACGACGGAGCCCCAACAGCCGAGCAGACCGAGCCCCAAAUCCGAGGUACAGGUGUUCCAGAAGGGCCCAGACAUCACCGCCAUCGUGGCCAAGCUGCCCGGCCUGGACGCUGCCGAAGUCGACCUACCCGUGCUGCGGCCGCGCUCCAACGCCUCGGGCGCCUCCUCGCGCGCCGCCGUCUCGCCACGCGCCUCGCCCGUGCCUCAGCGCCGCGCUCACAGCUCGCAUGGGGCAGAGCCCCGCGCGGGCCGUGUCCGUCACUCCAUCUCGCACCACUGCAUACACGCCUCCGUCGACUACGGCGCAGAGACCGACGCAGCCAUCCGCAUGAUCGAAAGAAACCAAAGACACAUGGAGAAGCAGCGAAUGAAAAACGAAAGAUUCAAUAAAUCGCAGACCGAGGACCGCUUCAGAUCCGACAGCGACUUGGACGCCAAAGACUCACAUUCGACCAGUCGCUCGUGCGAGCCGAGACAUUACGAGAUCAAAAAAGCUGCCGAUAGAAUAGAAGAAAGCAUAAAGAAGACUAACUGGGCGGAGAGAAAAACUCUGUCCAUCAUAGAACAGCUGAAGAAAUCGCAGCGGCUGCGCAAAAUGAAAAAGAACGACAGCUCCGAAGAUAUUCAGCUCGAGUCGGACAGGCACUACACGUACCACCGGAUCGACGGCAAGGUUCUCGAGAACGCGCACAAGUCGAGUCGCAGGUCGUCGAAAGUCCACUGCCGUAGCGCAAAAUCCUCGGAGUUCGAAUCCGAGUGCUCCGACUAUCCGAACGGAGAGAUGUACAGCAGCUCACCGAGGCUGGACUACGGCUCGGAGAGCUGCUCGACGCGGACGAGCCACUACAAGCGGGGAGAGGAGGGCAGGUCGCGGCCGACGCCGCCUCGCAAGCCGCUGCGUCUCUCACUACACAAGGCGCGCAGCGCGCACUCCAUUCUUAACGGUAGCGAGUCCGAGACGCCGAGCAGGCCCCCCUCAGAGGCGUGCACGGGCGACGGUGGGCCGGACUCGCCACACAAGCGGCCCGUAAAACGGACGUACGCGGCGGACCGGUGGGCGCGCGAGAAGAUCCGCGACCCGUCGCGCGCGACGCCGCGACCACAGCGCAAGCUGCUUCACGGACUGAGCGCAUGCGAGGCGCCCGCCGCCGACGACCUUUACCCGCAGUCCAUGCACGCGCCCGCGCCCGGCUCCGCGCCGCCGCGACCAAACGGCCUCGUUCACACGGGCAAGUGGUGCUAGCGCCUCGCCUCACAUCGCUUCCGUAAC